AACAGCCACCACACCACCACUCGAACGCCCUUCAGAAGUGUUUUAUCCUAGAAGAUACUCGUCAAGAAUACAACAGAGAAAAUGUCACAAAUACAAGAAGAUAGCAGUAAUGGUACAGAGCUGAGGGCAGUUAUUAUGGGAUGGCACAAGGCUGGAAAGACUUCAGUGAUCAACACCAUAUUAGGACCGGAUGUGGCUGGGUCAGUUAGUGGUCAGUGUGUGAAGAAAGAGGGAUAUGUUAAUGGAAGGAAAAUCACGCUGGUUGACACACCUGGCUGGUGGAAAGACUGCAGUAUAAGAGAUUCACCAGAGCUUUCCAAACAAGCAAUAAUGCGUAGUGUAUCUCUGUGCCCACCAGGGCCUCACGCCUUUCUCCUGGUCAUUCAGGCCGAUUUGUUAAUCAAGGAAAAGUACAUGGAACCACUAGUGCAGCGCAUGGAGCUUUUGAGUGAGAGAGUCUGGGCACAUACCAUAGUGCUCUUCACAGCAGGCGAUUCACUGAGAAACACAAGCAUUGAGAAACAUAUACAAAGUGAGGAAAAAACCCUAAAGAAGCUUUUGGAGAAAUGUGGAAACAGAUAUCAUGUUUUUGAUAAUAUUAACACAGGCAACAGGACCCAAGUCGAGGAGUUAUUUGAGAAAGUACAGAAUGGCAUAAGACAAAACUGUGGCAGAUAUUUUGAGGUUGAUCUGGAGGGGCUACAAGAAAUUCAGGGAAAGUGGGAGAAAAUUCAGAGAAGAGCAGCUGCAAGGCAAACCAAGGUACGGGAUGAAAGGUGCUUGAUUAAAACAAAAGCUGAGAUACAAGAUCUUGAAAAGGUAAGAAUGGUCCUCUUGGGUUGGGUGAUGUCUGGGAAGAGCUCAGCAGGAAACACCAUACUGAAUCGGAAAGGGUUUGAGACAGAGGAGCGAACAACAAAGUGUGUAAGAAGUUCUCGAGACGUAGCUGGAAGAAAGAUAACUGUAUUGGACACCCCUGGUUGGUGGAAAUACUUCUCAUCCAAAUUCAAUGAAACGGUCCAAGCCACAGUCCUUAAGGGUGUCUCACAAUAUAAGAAAUUCCCCCAUGCCAUGCUGCUGGUGCUUCCUGCAGACACAUCCUUUAAGGAAGAACAGAAGAAGAUCAUUGAAGAAAACAUGGCCAUCUUCGGUGAACAAAUAUGGAAACACACCAUUGUGCUUUUCACGUGGGGUGAUUUUCUUGGUGAUGCACUGAUCGAGCAGUACAUUGAGAGUGAAGGCGAGGCCCUGCAGUGGCUGAUAGACAAAUGUGGAAACAGAUAUCAUGUUUUUGACAAUACAAAAAGGGGUGAUGAUGCUCAGGUCGCUGAGCUGUUGGAGAAGAUUGAUGAAAUGGUGGCUGGAAACUGCUUGUUUCGUCCUGAUGUUACAGAGUUAACUGAAAUGAAGGCUGAGCUACUGCUUGAUACUUCUGAGGAAGUUCAGCUUGAGGACUUCUUGAACGUGCUUAAGGAGGAAUGGAACAGAAGAACUAAGGAGUUUAGAGAAAAUGUUGAAAAAUUACUGGCAGAAGCUACAGGGGCAUUGCUCAUGAAAAGUAACCAAAGCAGGUCACCUCCUCCUACAUUUACUGAAAAGGAUGUAUCUGCUGAUACUAUCCAAGCAUGUCGGCCUGUAUGUGAGAUGGAUAUCCCACCAAAGAAAAAAAAGAAAGACCAUGGCUAUGCUUCCAAGGUCAGUGAUAACCUCACAGAACAGCUCCUGUCACUUCUGGAGAGAGAGUGGAGCAGACAAGAGGCAAUGGUGAUGGAGAAACUGCGUGCAACUCUUCUUAAAGCCAUCGAGGUCUCUUCUGAAGUGGAUGAAGAUGAGAUCCAUGCAUCGAUGGCCAAAGUGCUUUGGUGGAUUCCAGGCUGUGAAAUUGGGGAAGACCCAUGCAGAAUCAGUGAUGCGUAUGAGGAUCUAGAGGACAUAUCCUCACAGAACUAGGCCAUUUUCUGACCAAUGGAUUUGUCUUCUGUGUAUUGGUAUGCUAGCUAGUAGACACUCUUUUUGACAGCCAAUGCUUUGUUGUAUGCUUAUGUAUGCUUAAACUUUGUAUUGUAACCUUGUACCUAUUAAAAAUAUAACUCAUACUGAAAUGAUCAUGGUAAUCUAAUACCUUCUUUUCUUAUAUGUUUUUGGGUUUAUUUGGGAAUGCUAUGUGAACUGAAUAUUAUUUAAUGUGGUUAAAAACGUAAGGGAUAAAAAUUAAGCUUUUUGUUCUAUUGGUCUACUUAUCAUGAAACUUUCACACAAUGUAAAAGACAGCUGAUGUUUUCAAAUUAUACUAAAAAUACAUAAGAACAGUCAAAAUGGAGAUACAAUGUUUGCCAUUAAACACUUUCGGUGUUUGGUUCCUA